CUAAAGAGGAAAAAAGGACAAUAACCAAUUAUGGCUUCCUCGGGGAAUUACUUCCCCUAUUCCCCGUCUGAUGUGUGUGUUCCAGCCGUAGUUAACUUGGUGCAGGAUCAAUUCUCAUUAGAUUCUAGCUGGAUGGCAGGUGCCUUUUUCCUGGGUUUAUUUCUGGGUGCUCUGCUUACAGCAAUAUGUGUCCCUUUUUGUCUGAAGGAUCUGGAGAAGAAGAAAAGACAGGAAGAUGAAGAAGCUAUGCUGAAAGAACUAGAGAAAAACCAAACAACAACACACAUUGUCAAAGCAAAAUAUACAGGAGAUAAAAUAAAAGGUAGAGGGCAGUCUGGAAAGUCUGACAGAGGUGUGAAGAAAGUGAAGAGGAGGGAGGUAGAGGGGGAGUCUGAUGAGGAGGGGGAGGGCGGACCCUUACUGACCACAGAGACCCUCCCCGGGGCCGAGGGACUGGGCAAAAUCAUGACUAACUUUCACAGUGAGGAUGCAGAAAAUGAGAUGACCAAACAGGAUCUGAAAAAAGUUGAUGCCCUGAUGAAAGCUUUACAGAACGCAAAAGACCAGGUUCUGUUCAAUAUGGUUAAAAAACAACUGAAGAAGUUGAAGGUGGGGGAGCCAGCUCGAUCAAUCGUAGAGAGGAAUGUGAAGGAAGAUCUACUGAACAAGAGGAAGAUGCUGGAAGACGAAAGAAGGGAAGAAGAACAGGUCAUCAUACAAAGUCAUGCUAAAGACAAGGACACAUCUAUGAUGGAAGAUGAACUAGAGAGACUGGAUGCCAAAACCAAUCAAAAACUGGCACGUCUUCAUGAAGAUGAGAGAGACUUCAUCAGGAAGGAGAUAAACAAACAGACUGACCUCUCUGAGAAGGAGAUUGAUGCACUGAUGGAGAAGUUAUUGUCUGAAAUGUCUGAAGUUGACAGAAAACAGGCUCUGCAGUUGUCAAGGCAACAAAGGGCUCUUGAGGAAAGGUUGGCCAAGCGGAGACAGAUUAUAGCCAUGAGGAAGCUCCAGGAUCAACAGGAGGGUGAUGUUGUCAUAGAAAACGUGGAAAGUCAUGAGGACGUCCUCAAACAACUGGUACAGGAUGGAAAACUCAACGAAAAGAAGAAAAACCAGAUUCUGAACGAGUACUUACAGGAUCUUAAUAGGCUUACUAAAGCCAGGGACCUUGAGAGUCACAGGCAGCAGUUGACUCUGGAGGAGAAACUGGCUAAGCGUCGUCGGCGAGAGCUAGGGAAACUGUGCGCGGAGCAGGAAAAAGAGGAACAACUCCUCCUGAAGAACAUGGAUAAAGCCACGGAUACAAAAGGUUUAGUGGAUGACUACCUAGAGUUGAAGGAAAAACAUCUACAGGAAAUGGAUCAGAAGGAAUUACAACUGGAUCAAGAGGAGUUAAAAGCUUUGGACAAAGUCAGAACUGAAGAAGCAGAAGUGAAGCAGAAGGAAAUAGAGAAUUUCAAUGACAAGAUGGUGUCCACCAUUACAGAAGUGGUGGGAAAUGACAACAAGUUUGAGGUGGAUAGAUUGAUAAAGGCUCAUAAGAAGAGAAUGCAGCAGUAUGAAGAGGACAGAUUAGAGGAAAGGAACAAGUUUGCCGCCAGACUCAGGGAAAAACUGAAUGAAAGAAUGGCUAAACUGGAGGAGGAGGAGGAGACCCAGCACCAGGAACAGGAAGCUCUGGUCGUCCAGCAGACGUCAACCGUCAACAAAGUCCUGACCACCAGUCUCGAGCUCACUGAAGAGGCCAAGGAGAAGAUUUUAAGAGAGCAUGAGCACAACUUGCAGGUCAUCAAUAACCAACUACAAGUUAGUCGACUCAAGCAACAGAAAAGCCUGGAGAGCAAGUUGGCAGAGCGACGAGCCAAAAUGGCUGAAGUCCGACGUAAAAAGGAGGAAACUCUGAUGAACAAAGCCAAGGCCAACCGGGAGGACAGAGAGAAAUUACAGCAGCAGCUGAAUGCUGAGCUACAGUUGGAGGAGAAACGACUGGAGGAGGAGAGAAAGGCAGCGCUGGCCGCUCUGAGGCGUAGAAUGGCGGCGGAGACACAGGAGGCAUUACAGGAACAAGAGAGGCGACUGGGACAGCUGAUUGGUCGAUUAGAGGUGGGCGCGGCACGACGACAGGCAAUACUCAGCAAGCAGGACGCAACAUUACAAAAUCUACAGGAGCAACUGGAGAACAAGUUGACGCGGGAGGGAAGUCGUUUGACUGGAGUGGACGUUAUAAUUCAGCAACAUUCCUCUCAGGUCGAUCAGUUAAACGAUCAGCUACAACGAGCCCGCGAACACCAGGAAAACCUCAUCAAGGAGAAAAUCAUGGCCAAGAAACAUCAAAAGGAAAUGGAACUAAGAGAGCAGAUAGAAGAUGAACAGGAUUUCAACAAAAAUUCUUCAAUUCGUAGACGUGGAGCAGGUAAAGCUACUAAUAUCCUGAAUACCGCCUUUAUGGAGCAGCGUCAUAAGAAACAGAGAGAAGAACUGGAGAGUGAGAUGAAACUGGAACUAGAGAGAAGCAAGGAGGAACUCAAUCAGCAACUGGAGCUGGAGUUACAGACCGAACUCGAGAACCAGAAGCGUGAAUUACUGACUCAGUUAACAGCAGCAAGUGGCAUGUCUCAUUCUGAAAUAGAAAGUACCAUAAAAUCUGCAGUGCAAGAUACUGGAGGGAAUGACAAAGCAGCUAAGAAGUUGGGUAAAGAGCUGAGGCAGGGAUUAGAGAGAGCCAAGACAGACAUGAAUUACGGGGUGGAUGAAGAUUUCCUGGCUUCAAGAGACAUAUAUGGAGUUGAUGACCUUCAGCCGAGUCAAGGCCGUCCAUCUUCUUCAGGGGGUAAUGUCAAAAGAGGAAAAAAGAAAAAGCAGGGUCGGUCAGCUGUUGUCCCCGAGCCAAUGGAGGGAUGGACUCAAAAUGAGGACGAUGAAGAUCUUCUGUGAGAUUGAUUGUCUGGGUCAUUUAAUUUCUUGGGGUUUUUUUUGUUGCUAUUGUUGCUCAACUGGUAUUUGGAUAAACCUUUUGUUAACUAUUCACUCAGUCCAAUUAAAUUUUUAUUCAGUUGGAAGUCACUAUGUGAGAAUUUUUUUCUGCCAGUGGAUGAGAGGUUUUUGAAUUUUAACGUAAUAACUGGUAAUCUUUUUUUUUAAACAAAAAAGCUGGUUACAUGUAUUUUGCACCAUUCAUACAUGUACAUCUUUAAUAUCUAUUUGUUGAAAUAUUUUUCAUAAAAUACAUGGUAAAAAAGUGUUAUGCUGAUAUCUGUUUUUCUUUUCACGACACAAACUGUUUAACAUGAAAUCAAACAAGGUUCACCCAUCCAUAUCUUAAAUACAUGUACAUAUUGCAUUUUUUUUACAUCUCUAAAAGUUUUGGAUUACUGUAACAUUUAGUUAAUGUAAGAGAUAGGAUAGAAUAUAAAAAUUGGAAUUCAUUACCUUGAACAUUUAAACCAUCUUUACGGGAAAAAUUUUAGUUGUAAUUAGUUUAUAUUGAUCCUGCCCAUAGGUAUAUUAAAAUGGUUAUCCAUCAUGACAUGUAGAAAAAAUUUUAAACAGUGUAUUAGUCAGUUGACCAUUGAGGUCAGUUAUAGAUCUUGUAUACUCUUAAAAAUUAUUUCAAGUAUAAAUUUAGUCAGCACCUACAUGUAUUUUACACAGUUUUGAUUACAACUUAGUCAUUUUUUACAAUUUUUAACAAAACCUAUUUUGCCUCUCAAUACUGGUCCAAUUUUUACAAUUUUCUAUCUGUUUUGACAUAUUUAAAUGUAUAUAUAUCUUACAUUUGCAAGCACAGGAAUAUUAAUUAAUAUGAUUAAUAUGGAGAAUGUAUCCCUUGUAGAGUGAUAUUAUUUAAGUUUGUAAGUACACCUUAUUUUUGUGAUAAUUGUUAAUGGAUGAUAGGGCUCUUUACACCCUUUGCAAAUCUGCAGCAAUUAACACAUAUCUUACCAAACUUGAUUAGUUUUAAGUUCCGUCCAUAUUUAAAAGAUUUUGUUAGGGUUAGUUCUACCACUAAAAUAUUUGCACAAUUGUUUGUUUAAGAAAAAAUUACUUCAGAUGUUACUUUGUAUAUUUUUUUAUGAUGAUAACUUACAUUAAUAACCCCUCUUUUAAAAACAUAUGUACAUUGUAUUUUUUUAACCUUUACUUUUCUAUAUUUCUGCUAUUUGUUAGUAAAUUAUUUUUAUAUAAUAUUUCUUUAAGUUUUACACUCAAGCCUCAUUGUAACCAUAAAAAAAAAGAAAUAAAUAA